AGUUCCUUUUACUUUUAAGUUCCACAAUUUCCCGAAUCGUACGCACCCACGAUGGAACGUCGCGUCCAGCAACACAGACAUACGAUGGGGUCGGUGGAUGAGUGGCAGUGGGGGCAGUUUCGGAUAGGGGCACACCGAUGGUGCUGGCAAAACUCAACGUCCCGCCGAAGUCUUUGGUUCCCGUGUUCGGCGAGGACACUGUUAGUGGUGGUGCUGUUGCUAGCCAUCGUUGGUCGGGACACGGUAAGCGGUGAGCCAAACUGUCCCUCCGCCUGUCAGUGCAAGUGGAAGGGCGGCAAACAGGCGGUCGAGUGUUUGAGCGGCAAUCUGUUCACGAUCCCGGAGAACAUCGACCACUCGACGCAGGUGUUGGACGUGUCGGGAAACAACCUGCAGAUCAUCUCGAACGAAACGUUCAUCCGUUCGAACCUGCUGAACCUGCAAAAGCUGUACAUGCGCGACUGUCGCAUCGGUCAGAUCGAUGACGGUGCAUUUGCGGGGUUGACGAAUCUGGUCGAGCUGGACCUAUCGAUCAAUCUCCUCACAGCGGUACCGUCCGCCGCAUUCCAACAUAUCGUAUCCUUGCGCGAUCUCACCCUGGCGCGUAAUCACAUCCAGAAAAUCGAGAGCCACGCGUUCCGUAACGUGACCGCUCUGAACAAGCUAGAUCUCUCGUUCUGCAGCAUCCAGACGAUUGCGCCACAAGCUUUCGAAGGACUCGGGUCGCUCCAUUCGCUCAAGCUGAACGGCAACCAGCUGUCCGAGCUGCGACCAAAGACGAUCGAAACGCUCAGCCGGUUGCACGGUAUCGAGCUGCACGAGAACCCGUGGGUGUGUGACUGUCGGCUGCGGGCAGCUAAGCUGUGGCUUACGGAGCACAACAUACCGUACCCGAUCGCUCCGACCUGUGCCGGAGGUCCGGAGCGCGUGAUGGACAAAACGUUCGGCGACCUGCAGGUGGACGACUUUGCCUGCAAGCCGGAAAUGUUGCCGGUGCGCCGUUUCAUCCAGGCGUACAGUGGUGAGAAUGCGACAAUCGAGUGCCGCAGUUCGGCGGUGCCGUCCGCCACCGUCAACUGGUACUGGAACGGGAAGCUGCUGGUGAACAAUUCGCACUUUAGUGCGUACCAGCGCGUCCUCGUCUACGAGCAGGGCAACUUCGAGAAGCGCAGCAAGCUGACGCUCACAAACGCGCAGGAGACGGACUCGAGCGAGUUUUACUGCGUGGUGGAAAACCGGGCCGGUACGGCCGAGGCAAACUUCACGCUACACGUGGCGAUGCGUGACAUCGGGUUUGCGAUCGAGAACCGGCAGAUCAUUGGGCUGAGUGCGGCCCUCGUCAUAUUGAUACUGUUCAUCCUGCUGAUCAUACUGUUCCUGCUGGUGCGAUUACGGCGCAUACCGAUGACGGAGACGAAAACCCCGAACCAGGUCGAGGUGAUCACGUCCGUAAGUCCCUCUAGCAAUGUAAAUGGCAAGGUGGCGACACCUAUUAACGAUUGUCAUUCUCCAGAUCGAAAAAACGCCCCCGGCGAUCUAAAGUGCUGCCCGUCGGCGGCCAACCCGGUCCAGAAGCCGCCCCGGCUGACCGAUCUGCCCUACUCGACGUCCCACUAUGACGGGGGCGGAAGUCUGAUCGCGUCCGGCCAAUGUUUCGUGUCACCGACGCACUCGCUCGCCGGCAACAAUCCGGACCUGAUCAACGACACGAAGCGGUUGGGCAGUGGGUCCGAUCUUGCCACCGGUACCGUCGCCGCCGGCGCAUCCAGUGCCGUCGACCCGCUCGCGCACCUUAGUCAACUGCAGCUGCAGGCCACCACCGCUCUCAACACCGCCCUCUCGCUGAUGGACCCGGUCGAGCGGCCGGGCAGUGGCGAGUAUAGCCGGGCCGGUUGCGAUUCGCUCUAUCCGUCCGGGCUGUGGGAAACGCACAGCUCCAACCUAGCGGCCGCCGGACUCGACCACGGUGGUGGUGGAAGUGCCGCUAACAACGGGCCCUACUCCGACAAGCUGCCCAUCCUCGGUUCAUCCACCACCGGACCGACUAUGCUGAACCUGGACGACGAAACGUCCUCCGUCGACUACCUGAGCCGGACGUUCCCGCGAACGCAUCUUACCUCCGGGCUGUCGUUGACCACGUCCACUGGUCCAGCCGGUGUUUACGGUCACACGACAUCCUCCGGUACGACGGCGGCAAGCAACAGCAGUAGCGGCGGCGGCUACCCUGCAGACUACGGGCUUCCGAUCGUGCCCGGUGCGGAGCAGCUGCACAACAAGCUGGCCAGCGUACAGCCGGCCCAUCACGGCAGCACCGGUAGCAUGCCGAUGAACGCGAAGACGCUGCGGGUGUGGCAGAAGGGUGGCGUGCCGGUUCUGCCACCGGUGACGGCCUUAAAACGUGCUUUAUCCAACAGCCGCAACUCGCCCGACGAAGGCUACCAGGAAGGCUGCGGGACGGAUGUGUAGUCCAGCUUUUAGGCUUUCCGCUUGCCCUUACUAGCAGCAGCCCACGACCAGCCGCCUCCCUCCCCGGCCCCAGCGAGUGACAACGAUGAGGACGAGCUG